ACGUACCAGACUGAACCCAGAAAGGUCAAAUCGGGCUCUCUAAAAGACCAUCAAGUUUUCAAACCAUUUAUAAGUCACAGCCAAACUUGCCCAAUUCGCACCCCCUCUCAUAUAUUCAUUUGCCUAAAAUUGUGGUCCUAUUAUUUCUCAUUUGUUAGUCAGUGCUUACUGUUUUUUUCCUGAUCUUGUUCUUCCCAUGAUUGUAUCUAUGGAGCUUCUGAUGAACUGAAGUUUGAGAGGACUUGUUCUCUGUCCUCAAAUCUCUUUUGGGUUCCCACUAUUCUUUGGUGUUCUGGAUUGGGUCUCUGUCAUUUUCAAUAUAGACUGUUUGGGUGGAUUUAAAAGUAUUGGUUUUGGGGUUGUGCCAGCAAAGAGGGUAGCUGUGUUGUUUUGCUUUGCUGAUUUGGGGAAGUAGGGAGGUUUUGGGUGAUUGUUGAAGUGUUUUGGAGUGUAGGGUUAUUGGGUUUGUGUCAGAACUUGCUGAGUUCAUUUUGAAUAUGGGGGAUUGUAAACCUGAAAACCCUGAAGUGGAGGUUGGGGAGGACUUGAUUGUUGCAGCCCAAAGCAUAGCGAGAGCUUUGGGUUCGAGGAAGAAUCUUACAACCGGUGAGAGGAAGAUUUUGGCUGAUCUUGGCACCAAAUUGUCAUCUUUGAUGACUAAUAGGGACACACUGAAUGAGUUAAAGGUGGAGGAUUUUGGUGACAUACAAGAUCGUCUUACUUCGAUUCAUGAUAAGGUCAUGGGGUGGGAGGCUGAUCAGACCAUGAUAUGGGAUUCUAGCUCGAAUGAGGCGAAUGAGUACUUGAACACUGUGGAGGAGGCAAGGCAGCUGAUUGAGAGUUUAGAGAGUUUGUAUUUGAGUAAAGAUGAUGAGAAGUAUGAGCUGUUGCACAAGGCUAAUGAUGUUCUUCAAACGGCCAUGACUAGACUGGAGGAUGAGUUCAGGUACAUGCUUGUUCAGAACAGGCAGCCGUGUGCACUGGAGCACAUGUCUUUUCGAUCAUGUGAAGAGGAUGCUGUGGAUGUGAACUCACUGAUGUCUUUUGGAGAUGAUUCAAUUGAGGACUCAUUUCACAGGGAUAGUUUUAGCCGAGCUUCUGUAGAUUCCAUCAUUGAUUUGGUUCGCCCUGAAGUGAUUCCUGACUUGAGAGGCAUUGCAAAUAUGAUGUUCAAUUGCAACUAUGAGAGGGAAUGUACUCAAGCUUAUACCACCCUCAGAAGGGAUGCAUUGGAUGAGUGUCUCUCAUAUCUUGAAAUCCAGAAACUGAGCAUUGAGGAUGUGAGGAAGAUGGAGUGGGUUUCUUUGAAUUCCAAAAUCAGAAGAUGGGUCUGGGUUAUGAAGAUCUUCGUGCGGAUUUAUCUUGCUAGCGAGAAGUGGCUCAGUGAACAGAUUUUUGAAGAGCUUGGACCUGUUCGGCUGGAUUGUUUUGUCGAGGCAUCAAAGGCAUCAAUACUGCAGCUGCUCAAUUUUGCUGAAGCAAUGUCCAUAGGCCCUCAUCAGCCAGAAAAGUUGGUUCGCAUUCUUGACAUGUAUGAGGUGCUAGCUGAUGUUCUUCCUGAUAUAGAUGAUUUGUACUUUGGUGAGGCUGGUUCGUCUAUAAGUAUGGAGUGUCAUGAUGUCCUGCUGAGAUUGGGUGAUUCUGUGAAGGCAACAGUUAUCGAGUUUCAGAAUGCCAUUGCAUCAAACCCUUCCACCAGCCCUGUUUCAGGUGGGGGUAUACAUCCACUGACUAGAUAUGUGAUGAAUUACAUGAGGACUCUUAUAGACUAUGGUCCGACCCUUGAUCUGCUUCUCAAGGACUGCGAUGAAGGUGAUCCGAUUUCUUCAUCUCCUGACACUAGUCCAACUAAAGAAGAGGAGAACAAAGGCACUGAUUCUUCAGGCAGAAAAUCUCCAAUGGCUCGCCAGUUCCUGUCAUUUGCUUCAAGUCUGGAGUCCAACCUCGACGAGAAGUCAAAAUUAUACAAGGAUGGUUCUUUGCAACAUGUGUUUUUGAUGAACAAUAUACAUUACAUGGCUCAGAAGGUUAAAGGUGCAGAGUUGAGGCUUAUAUUUGAAGAUGAUUGGAUUCGAAAGCACAACAGGAAAUUUCAACAGCAUGCAAUGAGCUACCAGAGAGCUAGUUGGAGUUACAUCCUUUCUUUGCUAAAAGAGGAGGGCAUUCAAAAUCCCGGGUCAAAUUCCAUCUCAAAAAGCCUUCUCAAGGAAAGGCUCCGCAGCUUUUAUCUCGCUUUUGAGGAGAUAUACAAGGUCCAAUCGGCAUGGCUCAUUCCGGAUCCUCAGCUUCGAGAAGACUUGCAAAUCUCGACAUCCCUCAAUGUGAUCCAAGCUUACAGGACAUUUGUGGGAAGACACUCCAAUGACAUAAGCGACAAGCUCAUCAAGUACAGUGCUGAUGACAUGGAGAAUUACCUCAUGGAUCUCUUUGAAGGUUCCCCGAAAAUGUUACAAAAUUCCGGCCGGAGGUGACAGUGAAAAAGAACUUGUAUGUUACUUACAGCAGAGGAAUGAUUUUAUUCUAUGUUCCACUCUACUCAUGUAUGAUUGAUUUAUUAACAGUUUAAUGGGCUAUUUUCCUCAGUAGCUUCUUCUGUGCAAUGUAAUAUGAUGAACUGGUGUUCACUUUGUGAUC